AUGUCGCGCAGCCCCGACGUAAAGGAAGACCCCGUGGAGUGCCCUCUUUGCAUGGAGCCUUUGGAGAUAGAUGACAUUAACUUUUUCCCUUGCACAUGUGGAUAUCAAAUAUGCCGCUUCUGUUGGCAUCGUAUACGCACAGACGAGAACGGGCUCUGUCCCGCAUGCAGAAAGCCAUAUCCAGAAGACCCUGCUGUCUGACACAACCCUCUCUCCCAGGAAGAGCUGCAGAGAUAAAGAAACGAAAAAAAAAAGCAGAACACAGAAUGAAGCGCAAACAGAAAAUAUCAGAAAACCGCAAACAUUUGGCCAGUGGGGCUGUGGUUUCAGCAAAAAAAAUCUAGUCUUUGAGUGGAGCUAACUUUCACACACGCCUGCAAAGCAGACACCAAGAGGUUUUCAAAAAACGACCAGAAUAUUUUUGGAAAUUUGGUAAUAAUACACAAGUAGGUCACCAACAACAGCACGUCCUAUGCAGGCUCACAGGGUCCAAGUGCUAGUGCAUAUGUAACGUACAUACGGUCAGAAGAUGCACUUCGAGCUAUACAAUGUGUAAACAAUGUGGUAGUAGAUGGAAGAACACUUAAGGCAUCUUUAGGUACAACAAAAUACUGCAGUUAUUUCUUAAAAAAUAUGCAGUGUCCAAAGCCAGACUGUAUGUAUCUACACGAAUUGGGGGACGAGGCGGCUAGUUUCACAAAAGAAGAAAUGCAGGCGGGCAAACAUCAGGAAUAUGAACAGAAGUUGCUUCAGGAACUCUACAAACUUAACCCUAACUUCUUACAGUUGACUACGGGUACAGUUGACAAGAACAAAAACAAAGUGACACCCUUGCAGAGGUAUGAUGUUUCUGUUGACAAGUCAUCCGAAUCAUUAAGUAUAGGAAACGGUGAUAACUUACAACAGAUAUUAACAAGUGACACCCCGUCACCUCCGCCAGGUUUAUCCAAACCCAACACAGCCAUCCCCACCAGUUCAGCAAAUCACAGCGCACGGUCUCCCUUUGAAGAUGCUAUGGCAGAAUCACAGUCACUGUUCUCGGACAACUUCCGACACCCAAAUCCCAUCCCCAGUGGACUUCCUCCAUUCCCCAGUUCCCCACAGACAUCAAGUGAAUGGCCCACAGCUCCGGAGCCA